AUGAGCCUCUGGGCCAGUCAGAGGAGCUUCAAGUUCAGGUUCGCGCGCCUCACGCGGAGGUUUUCGCAGGGCCUGACGCACCUCCUGGUGGAUGCUGACAGUCAAAACAUCGAGCAUAUCAAGAGUGCCAUGCGAGUUUUUCAGGGGCAGCAGCUGCAGGUCACGGUUUUUGCACCUCCACUUCAAAGCCAGAACAAGAAGUGGGGCAACUUCUUUGAGUCCAAGGGUGUGCGCUUUCAAGCGGUUGACCGUGUAGGAGGUAUGCUCGAUCCGACAGAUGAGGCCAUCAAAUCCGCAGCUCUUAGGGUCGCUGAUGAUCAAGGCACCCGCUGCGUGGCCCUGCUUACAAACGACUCGGGGUUUGUGGAACUUGUGCGGCAGGUACGAUCUGCUGGCAAAGAAUGCGUGGUGAUUAUGCAAAAGCAUCUCUCAUAUUCAGCAAGAUUGCUGUACGAGGGGGAGCACGCGAGAACCAUUAUUUUGGAGCCUCCGCAAAGGGCAGCGGAAGUCGGUGUCCGAGCCGUACUUGAAGCUGAUGGUAGAGGAAAGGUCAGCCUUGAACAGCAUCUCGAUACUGAUGAGCUCACCGACCAAGCCAUUGCGGAGGCACGAAGCUUUUUGCAGCGCUGGAAGUUUGCAGGUGAGCAGGACAUGAUGAUAUUUGAGUUGGUGGCACCAAUUGCCAAGUUUUGGUAUCAGCAUUCACUGGGCCCCAUUCCAGUGUUUCCUGGAUGGCUUGCUGGAAGGAGCCUACACCAUCUCUUGACCCACACCGCUGCAUCUGCCAGAUGGCAGACGCAUAGUAAUGAUUUUGCCUUUGUGCUGCCAAGGGGAUGUAGCACUGGCAGGCUUUCCCAACGAGAUUUGCGGACAUAUGGGAACAGCACGUCCAAGAGCAUCUUUUUGGGUGGCGGACCUUUCAUUGUGCCGAACUCCCAAGACAUGGUGCUACAUGUCCUACAGAAUUUAGGAUACUGGGAUACUUACUUGAAUAACGACCACAUCGAAAGUAUGAAGGUGUUCAUCAACAAUACGAGAAACAAGCGAAAUCUCCGCAAGCAGUGCGCUCUGCCGGAUGUGUCCGACACGCCGGCCGAGAUGAUGAGUAAGAUUCGGGUGGCUUUGCUGUCGGGCAACGGGCAAUGGAGGCGCGCUCCUGAGGACACCGCAGUGAAGAGCAUGCUGAUGUCCAAAGGACUCAUCAAGAAAGAUGAUGGACAGCGCGAGUUGUUUGAGGCUAUGCGUGACUAUGCCCGGCUCGAGCAGCUUCCAGAGAUGUCUACUUACAAUGGAUAUGUUUGGAGAAUCCUUGGCAAGCUCAGCGCACGAGAUCCGAAUCGAAGAGAUACCUUUUGA